AUGGCGGCGCCGCCGCCCGCCCUCCGCUGGGCGCUGCCCCUGCUGGCGGCGCUGGCGGGCGCCAGCGGCCCCCAGAGCUUCGAGCUGCCGGGGGCCGCCAUCGACAACAUCGAGGUGAGCGGCGGCGGCGUGCUGGUGGCGGGCGGCAGCUGCCUCUACGAGCUCUGGCCCGAGCUGCGGCCCCGCCGCCGCGUAGUGCCGGCGGCCGCGGGGCAGGGCUGCGGGGAGCCCCCCGGCAUGCGCAGCAACCUGCUGCUGCCCUACGAGGAGGCCGGAGGGGUGGGGGUCCUGCUGGCGGGCUGGACCCAGAAGGACGGCACCUGCGAGGUGUGGGAGCGGCCGGCCUACCGGCAGCGCCUGAACCGCAGCGAGGUGGUCAGCUGCCUGCCCGACGGCUCCACCGCCGGCGUCGUCUUCCAGCUGUCCGGCGCCUGGUACCUGGCCGUGGCGGCCACCUACUCGACUGGCGACUCCGAGAGCCGUCUGGGCUGCGAGCCCUCCCAGUCGGACGAGGCGACCGUCAUCACGGUGCGCAGCAUGGACAACCUGGAGUCCAAGGAGGAGCUGGGCAUCAUCAAGCGCAAGAAGGAGCCCUUGCACUUUGUUGACGCGCUGCAGUGGGGGGAUCAUCUCUUCUUCCCCUACUACAGGUUGAAGGUCAGGCGGGCUGGCUACGUGGAGCCGCCCAGCAUGGCUGUCCUGCGCCAGCUGCGCCCCACGGAGGGCGGCCUGACUUUGCAGGGGCACGUCUAUCUGGACUGCGGCUGCAGGAGCCUCAUCGUUUCCUCCAGCCUCAUCCGACGGGGCGAGCAGGGCUGGUGGGUAGGCGUUUUCCACCACAACCACGGUGCCAAGGCCUGGAACACCACUGCCGUCUGCAUCUUCGGGAUGGAGGAGGUGAAGCAGCAAGCCUGCGCCUCCACGCACUUCAUCGUGAACGGCAAGAGCUGCGAGGCAAGGUCAAUCAAGAAGUUACCUACCUUGGUUCACUCUGGCUUGGUGGCUGUUUAUGGCACCCUUGUUCUGAACCAGAUAGUUCUGUUCCUGGGCACGGACGAUGGACAGCUGCUGAAGGCUAUUCUUAAUGAGGAUAUGGAAUCUAAUUGCCCAGAGGUUUUGUAUGAAAUCAAGGAAGAGACCUCAGUUUUCCCCAAGCUUCGACUUGAUCCAGUAGACAAUAACUACAUCUACCUGUCCUCUGCCAACAAGGUGAGAAGAAUACCAGUUGCAAAUUGCAGUAGAUACGUUUCCGAGCAAGAGUGCUUAUCUGCAAAGGAUCCCUACUGUGGGUGGUGCUCUUUGAAGCAAAGGUGCACAUUAAAAGAGAGCUGUACACAUUCAAGCAGCACAAAGGGUUGGGUUAACAUUUCACAUGCACCUGAUGAAGAUGUGAGGAUCCUGCUAAGCUUUCCUGCCAAGAACCAGGUGGCCGUGGCUGCAAGCAGGAGCCAGCUCCUUACUGCCUGCAUCAUCAAAGUGGUCACAGCUGUGGAGAUCUUCUAUGAGAACGUGGUGCUGAACAGCUCCUCCUGCCUCUGCAACCUCACCAGCCCCGGCACAGCUGACGACGACUGCCUGGUUCUGGAAGCGUCGCUGUCCUCCAGCUCCUGGGAUGUCACACAAACGUUUCAGCUGAAGAACUGCUCGCGGUGCAUACACGAGGGGAGCUGUGCCAGCUGCAGAUGGACUCCAGUCUCCUCUGCCACCACCUGCCAGGAUAGCUGUGAGGCAGCUGCUUCCAAGGGGCUCGCUGCAGUGCAGAGAGCAGAGCACAUCAGCAUUCGUUCCAUCGAGCCCCUGUGGAUUUCUACCUUGGGCAAAAGUGAGAUAACAGUGAAAGGAGAGAACUUUACUCGGGCGUCGGGCAUAAAGCUGGUCCUGGCUGGCAUCACUGGCUGCAAAACAGACAUCAUCAAAGUGAGGACUGUGCUGAACGACACCCAGAUGACCUUCGCUCUGCCGCCCACUCGCAAAGAGGCCAAAAGCAUCUGCAUCCAGGCUGCCGGCAAGAAGUGUUCCCCACCCAUGACCCUGCACUAUGUCUCCUUGCCAUCCUGCCUUGCCAUCACACCAAACACCUCCUGGGUCAGCGGCGGCCGCAGGAUCACGACGAUCGGCAGGAACUUCAACGUGGUGGACAGUGUGAUCAUUUCCGACGAGCAGAGAGCUAACCUCACUGUUUCCAGGUGCCCUGGCGAUGAGUCUGAGUAUCGUUAUUUAACGCCGAGCCUGAGCCACGCCACGGAGGGCAAAGUUGUUGAUCUGAUGUUAAGAGUGGAGACUACCUUCAUACCGUGUGUCAAGCUGCACUACCACCCUGACCCAGUCUUCAUUAACUACCAGCUGCACACUGAGCUGGACCCUGACCUGGAACUGAAGAUCUACAAAGAAAAUGACAACCUGAACAUUUCUAAAAGUGAGGUAGAGGUUUACCUGUCCUACCUGAGUGGUGCCCAGACCAAAAGGAUCUGGUUCAGUGUCCAGAACAUAACCAAGAAGCCAGACCGCAGCACUAUCCUCUGCAAGUUCAAAAGGGAAGGGACAGACAAGAUUGACUUCUCCACAGUCAAAGUCUUUGUCAAACUAGGAAACUUUGAGCAUGAAGUCAAGCCCACAUCAUCACACAUCUAUUUGUAUGUCCUCAUUCUGCUGCCCAUCGUAGUGGGUGUCAUUAUAGUGGCAUUCAUAGUCACCAGGUACAAAUCCAAAGAGCUGACUCGUAAGCAGAGCCAGCAACUGGAGCUGCUGGAGUAUGAGAUUCGGAAGGAGAUCCGCGAGGGAUUUGCUGAGCUGCAGAUGGAUGAGUUGGAUGUGGUGGAUAGCUUUGGGACCGUUCCCUUCCUUGACUACAAACACUUUGCUCUUAGAACUUUCUUUCCAGAGUCGGGAGGCUACGCGUCCAUCUUCAGCGAGGACAUGCCCCAGAGCAGAGACCAAACGAGCAAGGAUGAGAGCUUCAACAUGUUGCAUGCUUUGAUUUGCAACAAGAACUUUCUUGUUACUCUCAUUCACACCCUUGAAAAGCAGAAGAAUUUCUCAGUGAAGGACAGGUGCUUGUUUGCAUCCUUCUUGACUAUUGCACUCCAAACUAAGCUGGUUUAUCUAACCCAGAUUCUGGAAGUGUUGACAAGGGACUUGAUGGAACAGUCGAGCAAUGUCCAGCCCAAGCUCCUGCUCAGGAGGACUGAGUCUGUGGUGGAAAAGCUGCUGACCAACUGGAUGUCUGUCUGCCUCUCUGGCUUCCUGCGGGAGACAAUUGGGGAGCCUUUCUAUUUGCUGGUGACAACUCUCAACCAGAGGAUAAACAAAGGCCCUGUGGAUGCCAUCACUUGCAAGGCCCUCUACACCCUCAACGAAGACUGGCUGCUGUGGCAAGUGUCUGAGUUCAAAUCUGUGACCCUGAACGUUGUCUUCGAGAAAGUGCCCGAGAGCGAGGGUGGGGACGGCUGCCAGAGCGUCGCUGUCACCGUGCUGGACUGCGACACCGUGGGCCAGGCCAAGGAGAAGAGCCUGCAGGCCUUCCUCUGCAAGAACGGCUUCCCCUACGGCCUGCAGCUGGACCAGCUCGGCCUGGAGCUGGUGUCCGAGGAGCAGCCGAGGGAGCUGUUGGACGUGGAUGGCUCUUCGGAGGUGCUGGAGGACGGCAUCAGGAAGCUGAACACCAUCGGGCACUACGAGAUUGCAAAUGGAGCAACCAUCAGAGUCUUUAAAAAGAAGGCAAACACCAGAUCAGAUGUGGACUACUCAGAUCAGCACUGCCACUUGAUUUUACCAGACUCUGAAGCAAACAAAGAUGUGAAAGGAGCAGGUCACAAAGGAAAGCAAAAGUUCAAAGUGAAGGAAAUGUAUCUGACAAAGCUUCUGUCAACCAAGGUUGCAAUCCACUCUGUGGUUGAGAAGCUCUUCAGGAGCAUCUGGAGCUUACCCAACAACAAAGCACCUGUGGCCAUCAAGUACUUUUUUGACUUCCUGGAUGCCCAAGCUGAGAGCAAAAAAAUUACAGACCCUGAUGUGGUUCACAUCUGGAAAACCAACAGCCUUCCCCUGCGCUUCUGGGUGAACAUCCUGAAGAACCCCCAGUUUGUCUUUGACAUUAAGAAGACCUCUCACAUCGAUGGCUGCCUCUCUGUCAUUGCCCAGGCCUUCAUGGAUGCCUUUUCUCUUGCUGAGCAGACACUGGGCAAGGAAGCACCAACAAAUAAACUUCUCUAUGCUAAGGACAUUCCACUCUACAAGAAGGAGGUGAAAGCCUACUACAAAGCCAUCAGGGACCUGCCUCCACUGACCACUUCAGAGGUUGAAGAAUUUCUAACUCAGGAAUCUAUGAAACAUGAAAAUGAGUUCAAUGAGAAAGUUGCCUUGCUUGAAAUCAACAGAUACAUAGUGAAGUACUAUGAUGAGAUUGUCAGCAAACUGGAGCGGGAGAGGGGGUUUGAGGAGGUCCAGAAGCAGCUGCAGCAAGUGAAAGCCCUGUUUGACGAGAAGAAGAAAUGUAAGUGGCACUGAGCAGAGCUCGGGCUGGCUGCGGCGCCCUGGGGGCCAGGCUGCUGCGUCCCACCCCACCCCGACUGCACCUGCAGGCUUUGGAACCUUUGGACACUUCUCCACGCUGACCAUUCCAGCAUCUGCCUUUGGGAAUUGGGUGUGGGCCGGGAGCAGAUGUUCCAGUGUGGGCCUGGCACGUUGAGGCUGAUGGUGGCAGGGCCAGCACUGCUGGGUACUUGGAGGCACCAAGCCCUGAGUCACAGCCACUGCCUCAGAAAGCCUUCUGCUUGCUUCACAAGCUGCAGGAGGUGCACGAAGCACACUGCACGUUCAGCACUGCCCACCUGAGCCUGGCACUGGCUUGGCCCUUUUUGGGUUUCCCUGAGGAGAGAACGCUGAUGCCAGGCCACAGCCUCUCAGCAGCCUCAGCACCCCACGAGGACGAGCUCUGGGGUGCUACCAGCUUCCUUCCUUCCACACCAGCAGACACUGGCUCCUGUUUGGGACAAAGCCCCCAGCCCCUGGGCCCAGUGUGCUUGGCAGGAAGGUGGCUGUGAGCCCACGGGGCAGGCCUUACCUCCCUUAGCUUAGAGGUUCCAGGUGCAAGGCGAAGCCAGGCAGCGAGCAGGGCAGGGAGGCUUUUGGCGCUACGAGCUGGGCUGGCACCACUCCGUGUUUACAUUUCCACCUCUCACUCCUUCAGGAGCUGUCAGGCACUGGGGAGCUGCUGCCUGGCUGCACAAACCUGUGCUCAGGUGCAGCAGUAUUGGCCUCUCCUGCCGCCCCUCUGGAGGGGCUUCACAAGCCCAAAGGAAGCUUUUCUCCCUUUGUUUCCAGGUCGUUCACACAAAGGUUUUGUCACAAGAGGAUUAAGUUUAGUGCUGGAGAAGCACAGGAGGGCUGCUGUAACCUCUGUGGUAGCUAAGGGUGGUGGGGGUGGGAAGGGGGUCACUGUCUGCCUUAGUCCUGCUGGAGUGUUCAUAGAGUCAUAGAAUGGGUUGGCGUGGAAGGGACCCUCAGGAUCAUCCAGUUCCAACCCCCUGCCAGGGGCAGGGACAGUUCCCACUCACCUAGGUUGCUCAGGGACUCACCCAGAGCAGGGGCACCUAGGGGAGGCCACACAGGAAUGCAUCCAGAUGAGUCUCGAAAGUCUCCAGAGAAGGAGAUCCACAACCCCUCUGGGUUUCCAGAGGGCUCCACCAUUGGGGGCAGGUGGAGCAGCACAGUGACCUGCAGGAGGGGAAGAGCUGUCCCCAGCCUUGGCAGCAGCAAAGGUAAGCAGGCAGAGACACCUGUGCAGGGCUCCCAGGCAGCCAACCCAUUGCCCUCCACUGUGAGCUGCUGCCCAGGGGAGCUGAUCCACGCAGCACAGCAGUGCUGAUGGUUCCUGCUCUGGUUGCAAAGGCUGCCAGAAGCUGGCACCAGGCACAAGCACCAGCAAAUGCCAAGCAUCCUGUGGCAGAAGCAUGGCUGCCUGCUCACCUGGGGAACAAAAGUAUACACUCACAGCCAUUGCCUCCUGGGCUGCCCCUUCCCCAGCACAGGACUGCACAAGUGGCCCCUCUCGGGUGCCAGAGGGCAGCCACCAGCCCAUACUGUGAUGGCUUUUCCCUCUGGGGCUGGUUUUUAGAGCCAGUCCAAGCCUGCACUUGCUGUUCCGUUUACACGUGGUGCUGAUGGAACGUAUGGCUUCUUCAGGCCCCUGCACUGGUGCAGUGCUUGCAGCAGUUCUCUGCUCUGCCUGGCACAGCAGAGCUGGGGGAAGCUCGAGUUUUAACUGAAGAAAACAGCCACAACAAAAAACCACCCCCAGCCCAUCCUGCUCUCUCUCUCUCCUAAAGCAGUAGCCCCUGGCUUGAGCAGCACUUAAGCUUAGAGUACCUGUACUUAAGGGCUUGAUUUUUAUCAUUGCUUAACCUUUUAAAGCAGUAUCAAAUGAAAAAAAAAAAGAAAAAAAAAGCACAGUAAUUAUUAACAAUUAAUGAGAGGUGGAGCAGGAGCAGAGCUCUGCCUGCAGUGAGGCCUCAGCACCUCUGCUCCACUCCAGGUGUUUGCUGGCAGUGCAUUUGGAUGAGCUGUGAGUUUUGUUCAACAGUAACCUUCUGUACAGGCAGAAAAGCAACCCCAAACCCAACCUUUCUGCUUGAGAAAAAGAGAAAAGGGGGAAAAAGAAAAAAAGGAAGAAAAUAAUUGUGUAAAAUAGAAUCUGUUUGCGUGGGUCUGAUCCUGUGAACUUCACUUUUCUGUGUUGGUAUGAUGAGGAAACAAAACUCAGUCCAGUUCUGUAUUUGUACUACUGCUUGUUGGCUACAAUAGCUUUAAUGAUUUCUAGAGAUGAAGUAUGUGUUGCAGCAGGCCCUGUGGCUCCAGCCCAGGCCUGCACUAGGAGUCUUGCCUCUUCUUCCAGCCUCCUCAACACUGUCACUGUUAGUAAACCAUUUACCAGUCAUGCUGGGACCUUUGUAACCCAUCAGAGUGGAUCUCACCAAGUGAUGUGAAGUCUAAUGAAGUGCUCGUGGCUGUUUGGUAGGUUUGGGUCAGCACACAAACCAUCGGCACACCUCCACCCCUGCAACUCACCCUUUCUGCUACAUGGACAGAACAGAGAACCACCUCUGAGUAAAGCUGUAGUAUGGCAACCCAACAGUUCCAACAGCAUUCCCUGCAGUGAAAGCAAACUCCCCUUUCACUGAGUUCCACAUGUUUACAGGCAAACUGCUAUGGCAAAGAGCAGCUUUUCUAACACUAGCUUCCAGAGCAUUAGUUUGCAGUCAUCUAGGGUAAAAGUCAACUCUUACUAAUGUGUGAAGUAAUUCCUGUUGUACAGAAGUUAACCUGUUGUUUAAAAUGAAUGGUUUAAAAAAGUGCAAAUGGCAAAGCCAUGUUGGUGUUUGUAUGGGUUCCUCUAGAAUAAAAUGCCUUUGGAGGGUCA